UAUGCACGAGAACAUGCAAUUUCUUAUUCCCUUCCCAAAGUCGCUUUCUCUCCACAGUUAUGUUUAAUUUUCCUGUCAGCUCCCCCAACGCGUUCAGAGAAAUCUGGCUUCAAAUUUUUGAAAAAUGGUUAAAUAAUAGAAAGAAAUUAAUAUACAAAUAAACAAAUAGAUUAUUUUUCUCUAACACGUUCAUCGGUUCAUGCUCAUCAAUUUAUUCAAUUAGGCACCAGAAAUUUGACCUAAUUUGUUAAAUUUGAACCCGAAAUUCUUCUGCCAAAUUGAUUUGAUGCUGUAAUAGUUUGACAGAAGGUCCAUCAUUGCAAUGGGAUCAUCAAUAUCACACCAAUCAGCUGUGGAUCGAAUCUCCCAUUGGAAUUCAAACCAAACUGAACAGAAGCUAAUCUUUGAUCUCGGUCCAACUGAAAUAAGUCGAUACCUGGAAGCAGUCGACAAAAUCCAGGAAUCUCCGGCGACUGGGAGAGAAUCUGAUGACCUGGAAUCAAAGGCCAUGGCUCGGCUCAAGCACGAGUUUCGGACCGUACUGGUAAGACAACGUGAUAAUCCAAUUGGUCAAAAUUCCACAUCCGAGUGGAGUUCGAUAACCGAUAGCACUGCAAAUGUUAUACCGUAUGAGGAUUAUACGGUAUACGAUUCGCCGAAUAAAGAGGUUAUUGAAUAUCUCAGAAAUGUCGCCAAGAGGAUGAAUUCUGGGGGCAAACUUGGAGAUUGCUUCAGGGUUUACAAGAGUGAGAGGAAAUACUUUCUUCAUACAGUGCAGAAACGGCUUCGUUUUAUGGAAUUGAGCAUAGGUCGUGACGCAAAGAGGUUUCAGUGGGAUGAUUUGAAGAUGAAGAUUGAAUUGUGGAUUCAAGUGGCUAAGGUGUGUUUUUAUAAACUUUUUGAUAUGGAGAAACAAAUUUGUGGGCAAAUAUUCGAAGGAUUCGGAGUUGAACACAUUGAAGAAUGUUUUGUGGAAAUAGUUAAAGAUUCUGCAAAUAAUCUCCUUAUUUUUGCAGAAGCAGUGAGUCUCAGUAUUCAGCCCUCUGAGAGGAUUGGAACAAUUUUAGGCCUAUAUGAUACUUUGGCGUCUCUUUUACCAAAAAUUGAUGCCCUUUUCAGCUCCAAAGCUGCAGAGGCUAUUCGAACUGGAGUGAAGGGAAUAGUUUUUCAACUCGAGGACGAUGUGAGAAGGAUGCUAUCAGAUUUUGAGAAAUCUGUUUUUCAUGAGCUUUCUCCAAUACCAGAGGAUAGAGGAGCUAUUCAUCCAUUGACAAAAAAGGUGAUCGAUUAUAUCAAUCUUACUUUAAGCCACAAAAAGCUCCUCACAAACUUGAUCAAUUCGAUGCCACCAUUGAAGUUUGGGGAUCAAAUGAUUCCGGAAGAGGAGUUGGGGGAUCUUAAUGGAAGAAGUCAUUUUGAACUUCAUUUGAUUUUGAUCAUUGUGGUUUUACAACUAAAUUUGAAGGGCAAAUCGGAGCAAUACAAGCAUGUUCCUUUGAGGCAUUUGUUCAUGAUGAACAAUGUUUUUUACAUCGUACAAAAGAUCCAAGGAUCUCAUGAGUUGUGCGAGAUGAUUGGCGAUGAUUAUAUGGUGAAACUGAACUGGAAUGUUGAGCAUGCCAUGAAAAGCUAUCAGGACUCGACUUGUAACAAGUUCUUGUCUUGUUUUCAAGAGGAUGGACUUUAUGUUAGUUGGUGGUGCUUUUGUUCUCAAGUGUUGAAAGGUGCACUAAGGAAACGAUUCAAGGCCUUCAAUUUCCAGUUUGAAGAGAUCCAGAAAUUUCACUCAAACUGUAUAGUACCCGAUUUGGAGCUCCGAGAAAAGCUUCGUGUGUCCAUGGUUGACAAGCUGAUUCCAGCAUACAAGGAAUUCCUACACAAGUUCAGGACAUAUACUGAGAUUGAGCAGAACAGUGAAACACAAACGAAAAGCUUUCAGAAAAUAAAUGUAAAGCAUUCAGUUGAGGAUCUUGAGGCUUUGAUCUCAAAGCAUUUGUUUUCAUAUAAUGAAAUUUGAACUCACAUAAUCAAAUUUGCUAGCCUUGUUAGAUUACAUUUUCAAAUUUGUCAACUAGUUUAUGAAAAAAUGGAAAGAAAUAGCAACUUGAUGCAAGACAUUAGAGUUUAAUCUGUUUGAACAAUGUGAUGGUCUA